AUGGAUGAUGUUUUGACCGGUACAAAUGGCGUGAAUGAAGCAAUAGAGCUGAGGGUUCAACUUGAUUCAUUGAUGAGAAGCGGAGGAUUCAGGUUACGGAAAUGGGUUUCUAACUGCAAGGAGGUAUUACAAGAUGUACCGGAGGAGGAUUUAGGUUUGGGAAGACAAGGUCAAGUAGAACUCGAUCCAGAUCCAGCAGUGAGAACAUUGGGAUUGACAUGGUUGCCGAAAACUGAUGUUCUGAAGCUACAGUUCUCAAUACCAGAGAUACAUCCAAACGAUAAAUGGUCAAAACGAAAGGUUCUAUCAAUUAUUGCAGGACUGUUCGAUCCGCUAGGGCUGGUCGAAGCAGUCAUCACUGUAGGAAAACUUUUCAUGCAACGACUGUGGAAAUUUGAAGAUGAAAGGGGAAGGAAAUUGGAUUGGGAUGACCCAAUUCCCACAAGUGCAAGCAAAGAUUGGCAAGAAUUCCAUAGACAACUUCCUAUUUUGAAUAGCAUAACUAUUGAACGUUGUGUUUUGGUCCCUAAUCCAAUCAUCAUUCAGCUUCACGUCUUCUCAGAUGCUUCGGAGAAGGCAUAUGGUGCCUGUGCAUACCUAAAAAGUUGCAAUUCUCAUGGCGCAACUAAAAUAAUAUUGCUUUCGUCGAAAUCAAAGGUAGCACCGUUGAAAACUCAAUCCAUUCCACGAAUAGAAUUGUGUGGAGCGUUGCUAGCAACGCAGUUAUCGGAACAGAUUCUAGCAGCUGUCAAACUUAGCCCAGCGGUAUACUACUGGACUGACUCAACGUGCGUUUUACAGUGGAUAAGGGCAACUCCGUCUACAUGGACAACUUUUGUAGCCAACCGAGUAGCGAAAAUCCAACAGAUUGCUGAAAAUCGUCCUUGGAAUCAUGUUCCUGGAUGCCAAAACCCCGCCGAUCUCAUUUCAAGAGGUGUACUUCCCGAAGGCAUAAUCAGCAACAAUCUAUGGUGGGAAGGACCACCUUGGUUAUCGAAAGAGCAACAGCACUGGCCAGAUCAACCUGUCCCAGCAGACACCACAGAAGCAGCAGGAGAAUUUCGCCGAUCAGCAGCUAAUUACGCCACUGUGCAGCAAGAUGGAUUUACGGUUUGGUAUCUCAGCAAGUUUUCGACGUUUACUGAUCUGAUCAGACGUACCGCUUACUGGCUCCGAUUGCUGGAAUUUUUGAGACAGCACAGGAGAGGCGAAUUAUCACAAGAUUUUCUUAAUACUACGGAAUUGACUGAUGCGGAGUAUGCUAUAAUACGAUGCGUGCAGAAGGAAGAGUUUGAAAGAGAGUGGAAGGCAUUAUCCAAGGGUGAAACUGUUGCCAAGGGCUCCAAAAUUCGUUGGUUUAAUCCAACACUAUCUCCAGAAAAUUUAAUUCGAGUGGGGGAUCGAUUAGAGUAUUCGUCAGAACCUUUUAGGAAGAAACAUCCAAUUGUUCUCCCAGCUCGGCAUCCUCUUACUAAGAUGAUCUUCGAGCACUACCACAAGCAAUUGCUGCAUGCAGGUCCCCAGUUACUUUUAGCAACAGUGAGACAGCGGUAUUGGCCUUUAGGAGGACGCAAUUUAGCCCGCGAGGUGUACCACAAUUGCAAUCGUUAUGCUCGUUUGAAACCGAAGCAAAUUCAGCAAUUCAUGGCAGAUUUACCAGCAGCGCGUGUUAACGUGGCGAGACCCUUUCUUAAGACUGGUGUCGAUUACUUUGGUCCUAUUUUAAUUCGCCAUGCACCACGUCGACCUGCCUCUAAGGCAUAUGUAGCCGUAUUUGUCUGUAUGUGCACAAAGGCGGUACACCUAGAAAUAGUAACUGACCUUUCCACUGAACGCUUUAUCCAGGCUUUGCGCAGAUUUAUCGGAAGAAGGGGGAAAUGUUCGGAUAUUUUUUCGGACAAUGGUACCAAUUUCGUUGGAGCCCACAACCAACUAAAGGAUUUAUCCAAGUUUCUCAAAAAUGAAGAGUAUAGAGAGAAAAUAACCAGAGAAUGCGCCAACGAAGGAAUACAGUGGCACUUCAAUCCGCCUAGCGCCCCACAUUUUGGAGGUUUGUGGGAGGCACGGUGA